AAACCAUGUCGCUCAAAGCUGGAUUUUUAUUCGUCACGCUCCUCAUUGGGAGCUAUGCAUUCCCAGCUCAGGAGCAGGAUAUGUCCAUUUUCUUCGACCACACGGAAGCUGAAGCCCGUAUCAUCGGAGGUACCAUCGCUGGCAGCGUGCCCUACAUGGUGGUCCUUAGUUCCGGCGUGUUGGUCAGAAACUUGUUAUGCGGAGGCUCAGUGAUCACCAACAGACACGUCAUGACCGCUGCCCACUGCAUCGAAGCAGUGUUCUCCGGAGGAAGUUUGAUUAAUUCUCUCCGUGGAACCGUCGGCACCAACCGUUGGAACAGCGGAGGUACUCAGUAUAGGUUCUCAAGUAACAUCACUCAUCCUCACUUCGUGCGAAACACCCUCAAGAACGACCUUGGAAUUCUCGUCACCACAACAGCCAUCAAAUUUUCAAGCGCAGUCCAACCUGCAGCUUUGAGCUAUGAUUUCGUUGGUGCUGGUGUUUCAACCAUUGUUACUGGAUGGGGUAGAACUACCGCUGGACCCAUAUCCCAAGACCUGCUGCAGCUCUCCUCCGUCGUAAUCGAUGGUGAACGCUGCGUCACCGAUGUAAGGAAACGCGCCUUGGAUUUCAACAUCACAAAUUUUCUACAUGUCGAACCACACAUCGAAAUCUGCACCUUCCACUCUACCGGGCAUGGAACAUGCAACGGUGACUCUGGCAGUCCGCUGAUGCGCGCUGAUCGCCAACAGCAAAUCGGAGUGGUGUCGUGGGGACUGCCGUGCGCGCGCGGCGCUCCAGACAUGUUCGUGAGGAUUAGCGCCUUCGCCGAUUGGAUUCAGCAGAGCAUCAGAUAA